GGAACCUUAAGCGCGAGUUCAGUUUCUAUGGGUGCUGUUUCCGAAGUGGCACAGAGUGAACCGGAUAUUAUCGGAAUGUCAAAGAAGGGACUCCUCAUGUAACGCACUGCUCGGGAGGACAUGGCUCUGAGCCAAGUUAGUCGCAGUGUGCGGCUGCUCUUAGGUCAAAUUCAACGCUGUCGGCCAGCUCUGCUUUCAAACCAGACGGCUCGGUGUCUGAGUCAAGCAGCUUCUCAGCCAGAGCCCUCCGCGGAUGAAAAUGAAGCCGUGAACCCGACCUUUGUAAAUAGAAAUCCCCGCAACCUGGAGCAGAUGGCUCUGGCUGUGAAGGAUCGGGGCUGGAAGACAACCUGGCCACACCGGGAGUUCUACCACAGGUUGAUGUUCUCCCGUAGCCAACACCAUGUGACAGCCCAAGUGUUUUCCAGCUGCUCCCCUAUUCCGGUGCUUUCUUGUUCAACCAAAGAGUGGGCUGUGAAGAAGGAGCUGGCUUCUACAAACUGCGUGGCAGCCUGUCAGGCUGUGGGCGAGGUGCUGGCGCAGCGCUGCCAGCAGGCUGGCAUCACCAGGAUGGUGUAUAGGGCGAUUCCCUGGACAUACCGCUCAGAUUCUGUUCAGUCUUUCAGAGCUGCAAUGAAAGCAGGAGGAAUCAUUCUAAGUGAACCCAGAAGGAAAUAUGUUGGGUCCUGACUGUAAUUCAUCAGUCAAAUCCGCUGUUUUGUAUAAAUCUGUAUCCCGAUUACUUCUCUCUUUUGUUAACUAUUACUGUGCUGAUAUUAAGAUUACAACUGCUACAGUAAAAAAUAGGAUUCAAAAGAAAGCUUGUUCCUGUGCCAUGUCUCUUUUAUAUUAAGUCAUUCUCCUCUGGUUCAAUAUUUAAUCAAAAAAUAAAGAUUCUUGGUUUGAGUACAAUAAUUUAUUUUUUACUCAGGUGCUUGUAAACAAGAGUGAGGUGCAGGCAGUGGAGAGUCUGUUACAAUAAGGAAAUGGAUGACAAUAAAAACCAAUCACUGAUCAUUUUAAUCAUAGUACAGUGUGAAGUUGGCUCAGGCGGUGGGAACAGUGUGUUGGGAUUAUAAAGUGCAUGUUUUCUUUUUUCCUCUUUUUUUUUUUUUCUAAUAGUGAGCAUGCAGGUUAAACGUUUUCUUUUUUUUUCUUUUUUUAACUUGGGUUCACUGGAUAAAAAGUAAUACCAGCAUAAAAUAAGAAAUGUCCUCAUCAGCAUCUAGUGAAAACAGAACAUUGAAUAAUUUAAGUUGAUCCCUUCAAAGUCCAUAUAAAUACAAGCUCAAACCCUGAACAGUGUCCUCUCACAGGCUGGUAUAAAACACAAAACAUGCACCCAGGUCAUCAGCAAUUAUGUGACUAUAUAUACUGUAAUUAUGCACAAACUUGUAAAGUCACAUAAUUAAUGACAUAAAAUUUGGAAAUGGUACAAGAGAAAUGCAAUAUAUUACCACCACCUUGUACUUAAGCUAAAACAUUAAAAAUAUCAUUAAAGAAUCACUUUUCAUUCUCAGGUUGAAGGCACUCGUGUAGCCCUGGAGCCAAAAUAUAAUGGAUGAAAAUAAAAUGGGUGGGAAAGGUUCCUAGCAAACCGACAUUUCCUUUAAAUAUAUUCACUGGCACAGAGGAAUACAGUUUGGCAAACUGGCAUAUGCCAUAAAACUGGCUCUGACAUAAUCCAUAAUGCACAGCUUAGAUACAGUGAAAUCCUCCAUAUCUGCACAUGGCAUGUGUUGUGAGAAGGAGGAAAUGAACACUUUCUGCUUUGGGCUGGCAGCAUACAGCCUCAUAUAAGGAAAUUAAAACAGUUAUUGCAUAGAUACCUCUGAAGUGUUGAAAGGAGAGCUUAAAAAAACGGAAGAGGGACUGAGGGAGCUCGGCAGGGACAUGCUGGUUCAUAUGUGUUUGGAUACCUUCAUAAACAUAAAACAUAAUAAUACAAUAAUGCAAUGAUUUCAGCUAUCAGA